AUGAAGCAAUUACUUCUGCUAAUCCUCAUCGUCGCUGUCAUCUUCGAGUUUUCGUCGGCUGAGGCUCCAAUCAGAGCAAGCCGUGUUAAACGAUACUAUGGCAUGAUGGGCGGUAUGGGCUACGGAAUGGGAAUGGGAAUGCAUCCACCACCACCACCACCACCACCACAUGGAUUUGGUGGAUAUGGAAUGGGAAUGGGAAUGGGAAUGCCGUACGGAAUGUUUGGCUAA